UUAUUUUAUAUAAUAUUUAUCCGGAAUAAAAGAAGAGAAACCAAUCAACCGACUCGGUUUCCAUGUCCGGGGAAUUUAAUCUAGCUUAUUACUUUUGCUUGGAUUUGGCCUUUUAACUUUGUCGAGGAUAGAAAAGCAGCAGCAGCAGCGUGGCUGCUGCUAUUGAAUGCAAGGGGUUUUUGGGGCUCGGGAGCAGCAGCAGGUAAAGAGAUGUGGGAGACGCUCGCCAAGGUUUCGGUUUUAGCUUGCCAUUUAUCCAGUCAUGGAGACCAUAUCUCCGACAUCUUCUUCCGUGUCCGGCUGGCAUGAAGCAUCGACCUUCGAUGAGCUUUCCAUGCACCAGAGCUUGCUCUUCUCAGACAGCCUCAAGGAUUUGAAGAAUUUGAGGUCGCAGUUGUACUCAGCAGCAGAGUACUUUGAAUUAUCCUACACUAAUGAUGACCAGAAGCAACUAGUGGUGAACACCUUAAAGGAUUAUGCUGUUAAGGCUCUUGUGAAUACCGUAGACCAUUUGGGAUCUGUGUCGUUCAAAGUGAAUGGUCUUCUUGAUGAGAAGGUUGAUGAAGUUUCUGGUACUGAACUUCGUGUGUCUUGUAUCGAACAGAGAAUCCGGACAUGCCAGGCACUUAUUGAUCGGGAAGGCCUUUCUCAACAGUCUUUGGUGAUUACAGCUCCCAAGUACCAUAAGCGGUAUAUAUUGCCAGUAGGUGGAUCCAUGCCUGAAUCUGGAAGACAUGCUGUAGCAGAAUCUCCAGAAUCGAAAAUACUUAAGGAUAGUAUUGAAUUGCAGCAUGUUCAGGCUGCAAUUCAUCCAACAAUAAGGGACAGAGCACCUUCAUUCAGGAAGCUGCGUUCCAUCUCCCCUAGCCCUUCCCAACGAGCACGCUCUUCAUCACCUGCUCGAAAAGUCCGUUCUUCAUCACCUUCUCCCAGGCCUGGGAAAUUUCUUACAGCUACAGAAAGAAGAGCAGUUUCACCAUUUACAAAUUCGAAUCCUCUAGCACGUUCGGGAUCAUUCUCAAGUAGACCAUCUCUUCUCAGUUCAUCAAGCAUUGGACGGCGGCAUCCUUCAGAGCUACAGAAAUCAGCAACUAUGCGUCUGCACGCUGAAAGGAAUGACCACAAAGAAAUUGAGCAAAACGCAGGUAAAAGCAAAAGCUUCCUCAAGUCCCUGCUUAGUAGGCGCAAGUCGAGGAAAGAUGAGAUGCUGUAUAGUUACUUGGAUGAAUAUUGAGACAUCAGUACUCAGAAACAUGGGAAGGCAAACAAAUGGCUAGCCUCCUGCCAUUUGUCUCCCUUUUUGCUCUCUAUUUCUUCAUAUUUUUUGUAUCUUUUUUUCAAUAUAUAAAAUGUUGUCUUAUAAAGUGGGGAACCCUUCAUAUUAGAUUGUAAGAUUUCUAUACAAUUAUGUUAAAUGCAGAAUUAUAGUCCAAAGUUUUACAACUA